CUAUUUCCGAAUUACGUACUCCAGAUUACCAAAAUCCUAUUUCCCAUUUCAUGAAUCUUGUUUCUCUUGUUUUUGUCCACUUCUUCUAACCCAUUUAUACAAGCAAAUGACGAUCGACUGCGAGAUGAUCCAUGGUACACAUACAGGGAGGCGACAAGAACUAUAGGGAUUCGAGCUCCAAUGGCGCAGAGGAGGAAAAUCGAGGUUUCCAAUACCAAUUUCGAUGGAAAUAAACCCGAAGUUAAUGUCAGUUUUCAAAAUGCUGCCAAUGAAGUUACUAAACUCCAUCAUCAAGCUAUGAAUUCUCAACAUGUUGCUUUUGAUGCUGGUCGAAGACAUUCACUUGAGAAAGCAUUCGAAUGGGUUUCAUCUAAAGCACAUGAUGGAAAGUCGGUUACUUCAUCAGAAUUUAUGGCCUAUUUGCAGCAUGAGCUCAAUGAUUCAUCGGCAAAUAGUCAUCAAGAACUUAGUGAAAAUAUGCCUUGUUCUCAAGAUCAGGAUAUGAAAGAAGAGCAUCCUCAUAUGUAGCUUCACAAAUCUUUGUUUUUCUUUUUUCGUCGUUUUAGGGAACUUUCAGAUGCGCAAUAUCAUGGUUGUAUGUUGAAUGUCAAAGAAAAGAAUGAUGGUAUUAUUGUAAUUUCAUAUGUAGGAAUUUUACAUAUUAACUAUUUUGAGGUAUUUCAUGUGUAUGAAUUUUACAUAUUAAUUAUUUGG